AUGCCCAUGGGCCACGAGGUUCAUGGCCAAGGAGGAGUCAAGUUCCAGAACUGGGCCAAGACCUAUGGCUCCUCUCCAGAGCUGUACUUCCAGCCCACCUCGGUGGAGGAGAUCCGGGAGAUCCUGGAUAUGGCCAGGCAGCGUGACAAGAGGGUGAAGGUGGUGGGGGGUGGUCACUCUCCUUCGGACAUCGCCUGCACCGAUGACUUCAUGAUCCAGAUGGGGAAGAUGAACAGGGUCCUCAAGGUGGACAAGGAGAAGCAGCAAGUGACGGUGGAAGGUGGGAUUUUCCUCUCGGAUCUGAACGUCGAGCUGAGCAAGCACGGGCUGGCCCUGGCCAACUUAGGAGCCGUUUCUGAGGUGGCAGCAGCUGGUGUGAUCGGGACAGGGACGCACAACACUGGGAUCAAGCACGGCAUCCUCCCCACCCAGGUCGUAGCACUCACACUGCUGACAGCCUCGGGGGAGAUCCUGGAGUGCUCCGAGUCCAUCAACGCGGACAUCUUCCAGGCUGCCCGCCUGCACCUCGGCUGCCUGGGCGUCGUGCUCACGGUCACCUUCCAGUGCGUGCCCCAGUUCCACCUGCACGAGGUGGCCUUCCCCUCCACCCUCACCGAGGUCCUCGAUCACCUCGAUGACCACCUGCAGAGAUCUCAAUAUUUCCGAUUCCUGUGGUUCCCUCACAGCGAGAACGUCAGCGUCAUCUACCAGGAUCCCACCAACAAGCCCCCCUCUUCCUCUGCCAGCUGGUGGUGGGAUUAUGCUGUUGGCUACUAUUUGCUGGAGUUUCUGCUCUGGAUCAGCACCUUCGUGCCCAGCUUGGUGUGCUGGAUCAACCGCUUCUUCUUCUGGCUCCUCUUCAGCUCCCGGGUGGAGAAUAUUGCCAUCAGCUACAAGAUCUUCAACUACGAGUGUCGCUUCAAGCAGCACGUUCAAGACUGGGCCAUCCCCAUUGAGAAGACGAAGGAAGCUCUGCUGGAGCUGAAGGCUGCCUUGGAGAACAACCCCAAGAUGGUGGCUCACUACCCCGUGGAGGUGCGCUUCGCUCGGGGGGACGAGAUCUGGCUGAGUCCCUGCUUCCAGCGAGACAGCUGCUACAUGAACAUCAUCAUGUACCGGCCCUACGGGAAGAACGUCCCCCGCCUCAACUACUGGCUGACCUACGAGGGCAUCAUGAAGAAGCACGGUGGGAGACCACACUGGGCAAAGGCCCACAGCUGCACUCGGAAGGACUUUGAGAAGAUGUACCCAGCCUUCCCCAAAUUCUGCUCCGUCCGGGAGAAGCUGGACCCCACGGGGAUGUUCCUGAACACCUACCUGGAAAAGGUGUUUUACUGAUGGGGUCAACGUGGGGGAUGGAGGAAAAAAUCAGCCAUCACCCCCAGUUCUCGGGACACCCCCAAAGCUCAUGGUCCUCCGUGGUCCCAAGGUGUCGCACCCCCAGCUCUGCCCUCAUCUGUCGUGACAGCAGGCAGCAAGGGCUGGCCCCACGGGCAGGGACGUGCUCUGGUCUUGAUGCUGACAAGGCUCUGCGGUGCCUGGGAACCUCUCCUGGAAACCAGCAGCUUGGGGAGGACCAUGUCCCUGUCCCCCCGAGACCUGUACAGCCCCAAGUACCUCCUGUCCAAGCCAACAUCUCA